AUGGCUGGGUCAUUGAUGUUUAGGUUAGGGAACAUGCUAUGUCGCACGAAAUAUGUUUGGUGUGGCAUCUUGUGCGUUUUUUUCAUUACUUCAAUUGCUGCUGUGACGUAUUGUUGGAAUCGUGGGUUGUGCAAGUCGAGCCCACAACCUUAUUGUGAGUCAGGUCUCUUUGGGUCCCUUUGUCUCUGCGCAUUUGCUGUUUUUGCGUUCGCAUCGGUGUUUUGCUCUGUGUUGGCAGGGUGGCAGGCGUGGCAGCAGCAAGACGUACGGGACUGUUUUUUUAGCUUUUUUUCAUGUUUCCAGUGUAGGGAUUACUCCGCACCCUUCGGGUAG